UUACCCGUCUAACCACAAUGUAAAGAUAUGCCUCUGGUUUAGAUGUUUCAGGAUAUACUUUGGGUGAAAAAUUGAAAACGUGCUGGCCUAGGAAUUUUGAAUACAAGCAAAGGGGCGGUGUGGAUAGCGGAAGAAGCAGGAAGAACACAACAACGGUGUACUGUUGCUAGUGUCACCUGCAUGUAAAACAAGACACCUGUUCGCAGCUCUCGUUCGCAACAGGUAUCUCGUUGCAAUUCGUUUCUCAGGGCAACAAAGAACUAAGGUCAGAUGUUCUUGGUGACUCACUUCGAAUCGGACCAAAACGAACAUACAAGGGACACGUAUCUACACAGGAAAAAGAAUACUAACACGUGGGCCAACAUUAAUCAAGCCACAGAUUGAGGAUGCUUCGGGUUGUUUGAAUGACAGAUAUGAGGCUAAGGACAUCUUACUUGCAGACUCCGACAGUAUUGACGCUUUGUUACCUCUUCUGGACCAUUGAUGGGAAAAUGCCAGAGGUGCGUGGAAAGGUCAGCGGUGUGGUCGAGUUGACUUGCAGUGUUCGUCAAUCCGACUCAGCUGAUGUAUCAUCUGAAUCACUGCACGUGGUUGAAUGGGUGCGACAAGGACUCGACAUCCCUGUGUUGAUCAAAUUUGGAUCCUAUCCGCCUCGUGUCCAUCCACAAUAUGAAGGGCGAGUGUCUCUGGUGGGCAUCACCACUCUAAAGUUGGAGGGUUUGCAGCUUGAUGACCAGGGCCCCUAUGAGUGUCGAAUCCUUUCAUUAGAUAAACCCACAGCGGAGAGUCGUAACGGCACCUGGAUUAUGCUCUCAGUCACUGCGUCCCCUACUUUCACCAAAACCCCUCCACCUGUCCUGGAGUGUAUUGUUGGAGGUCAUCUGUCUCUUGUCUGUGCUGCCAUUGGCAACCCUCUCCCUACUAUUACCUGGAUGAAGGAUGGAAAUGUGAUUCAAAUGGGGAAUGAUCAGGAGGAAGUUUUAUCUCUGACAGCAGUGAGUUUCCAGUCAGCAGGACAGUAUACCUGUCAUGCUUACAAUUCUGAGGGAAAUGCCACUCUCGAGACGAAAGUAAAGAUAAAAGGUCCCCCUGUUAUCAUUGUGCCUCCCAAAAGCACCUCUGUCAAUAUAUCCCAAAAUGCACUUCUUGACUGCCAUGCUGUAGCUGACCCCACAAACAUGACUUACAUGUGGCUUAAAGGAGGAGAAAACGUCUUCCACCUAGAGUCGCUAAAGUCGCGCGUGAAGAUCAUGGUUGAUGGAACUCUCCUCAUCUCAAAUCUCAUCCCAGAGGAUUCUGGAAACUACACCUGCGUACCAUCUAAUGGCCUGCUGAUACCCCCUACUGCUUCUGCAAACCUCACAGUUAUGCAUCCAGCCAAGGCUCUUCCAAUGCCUGUGGAAACCUAUCUUGCCUCAGGCAUUCAUGGCAUGCUUAACUGCUCCUCACUAGCUCAUCCUCCUUUGCUCCGUGUGGAUUGGACUAAGGAUGGGAAGCCACUUGAUCUGACCUUGUACCCAGGGUGGACCUUGACACCAGAAGGCAAUUUGAUGAUGGCUACAAUCAAUGAUGAUGUGCAGGGAGUGUUCUCCUGCACUCCAUUCAACAGCUACGGCAGUAUGGGACAAUCUGGACAAACCAAAGUCAUUUUGCAGGACCCACCAUCAUUCAGUAUUACUCCAGAGAAGCAGUACAGACAGAAGGUUGGUAGAACCUUGCUGAUCCAAUGUCAAGGCAAUGAUGACUCUACUGUUAAAGUAAACUGGACCAAGGUUGACCUGGCGCGUCGCAUACCUUAUUCCAUCAUGCCCAAUGGCUCGCUGUUGCUGCGGCCCCUCACUAAAGACCACCACGGAACGUGGGAGUGCACAGUUUUUAACCGUGUUGCCCAUGUAAAAGCCUUCACUCAAAUCUUUGUCUUGGGAACCAGCCCCCACGUAGCUACAUCCCUGUCUGUCUUUCCAGGGAUGAAGCAGGCCAAUAUAUCAUGGGAGGCUGGCUUUGAUGGAGGUUCAGCACAGACAUUUUCCGUUUGGGUAAAGAAGAUUUCAAGACGUGAUAAUGAGGGGAAGCAGGAAUGGUUUUCUGUGCCUGUACCCGCUAUCUCCGGCACCACCUUGUUGGUGACAGGCCUGUCUCCAGCUACUAAGUAUCAAUUCAGCCUCCUGUCUCACAACAAAAUUGGUUCUGGACCUUUUAGUGAAAUUAUCACAGCGUGGACCUUAGGUCCUACACCAAGCAGCAACCAGCUAAAGCCCCCGUCCUCGCUAUCAGCAAUUUUGGGCUCGGCUGGUGUUGUUCUGCACUGGUCUCUUGCACAAACCCAGCCCCAAUCCGUCACAGGGUUUGUUCUUCAGUCCCGUGUCAAAGAAGGGGAUUGGAUCAAUUUGGAUGAUGAUAUUAGCGCCAACAUUAGCAAGAUCGUCGUUCCAGGCCUGCACAAGGACUGUGUAUACGAGCUGAGGCUGCUCGCUCGACGUGGUGAGCUGCUGAGCGAGCCCAGCCCAUCAGUCAACGUCUCCACCAUGGGAAUGCAGAUUUACCCUUCUUCAUCCAGACUUCUAGAGGUUCCAGAAUCAUUACUGCCCAGCAUUCUUGGUGGAGUUGGCUUUAUGUGUUUGACCUUGGUCUUGUUGUUGGGAUCUGCGUGCCUUAUUAGUCACAAGAGGAACCUACGCAGCCAAAAGAAACAGAAUGAAAUCCCAUCUGCCAUCUAUAAGUCCUCCACUUCAAUAAAGAUUUCAGGCUCCGGCAGUACAGACAGUGUGUUGAAGAAAAACCUACUUCCAGCCAGCACCCUCUAUGCCACCAAUUCCUCUACCAUCUCCUCCUCCUCUUCAAAGACAGAUUGUUCCUCCUUCAGCAGUGAAAAUCAACUUCACAAGCAGCAGGUCCUCUCUAACUACAGAAGAAGUCUGAAUCAAUUCCAGUACCUAAAAUCGUGCCCUAUUUCAUCUUCCAUUGAGUUGAUCAGCAGAGGUCCAGAUGGGCGCUUUGUAAUACCGCCGUAUGACCCAGUGAAUGGUCAAGGCAAGAAAAAUACUAGCUAUGACUAUCCAUUUAAAAUUCAUAAUUCUGUUUCAUUAUGCUCUCAGCAGCAAGACAGUAAAAAUCCACCGUUUGUUCUUUCUGUGGAGCUCCCACCAUGCAAACAACCUGAAUAUAAUACAGCAAGGCAAAACUCUAUUAUCAGCCAACAUCAAGAGCAAGAUAUUUUCAAUCAUAAUGUUUUUUCUGAUUUGAACAAUAAGUUUUCAAACACUGAUUCAAAUAGUACUUCUAAUCACAAAAGAGAAAUACCCCCCACAUUUCCGGUGUUGCCCCACUUACGGUCAGGCCUCAGCCAUCAUUCAACAACAGCCAGCUCUCUGGUUCUCCAAAUGGAACACGAGAGAGAGAGGGGAAACCUGACUCACUGUUUAAAAUUGGCUAAGGAAAGGGAAGAGCUGGCAAGAGAACUCCAGAAAUACAGGGUGCACAGAUGUUCCACAGAACAAAGAAGAAAAGAGAAGCAAGAGCUUGAGAAGAGAGGUGGAUGUGAAUUUAUCCAGGAAUAUAAGAGCCAGACCUUGCCUUGCAGAUACAAACAGAACCACAGGGAGAGCUUUGGUCUUUUACCAAGGACUUACUCAUCAUCUGCCCACUGGAAUGAUUUAACCACGAUGAUCCCAGACAGUCUUUCCACACUCACAAAUUCUUUUUCUAUAAAUGACGGUAACUAUCAUCCUACUCUAUCCUUAACUACAGAUAUCCCCCUCAACUCUGAGGGGGUAGACCAUUCUUCAAACGACAGAUUAACACCUCUCCAUGUCUCCCCAACAAUGAGGGACAAAAUGGUACAGGAAGCACCACAGGGCUAUAAUGAUGUACAGCAAUCCACAUUCUUUGAAAUGCAAACAAAUGUAUCCACUUCUGAGGCAUGGAGACAAAACAAUCCAUCGUUUCAUUGCCAAAAACAUAGCGAAAGAUCCAAUCUGCCUCUUGAUGCAGGGCCAGGCUGCCAAGAUACAGAGAAAGAGGUCCCAAAGCCCAUUAAGCAGAACGUGGGUAUUGAGAUGAGUGUGGAUGAUCCAGUAUUCGAAGUCAGUGUGACCCACCCUACAAAAAGACCAAUGCUGCACCACAGAAUCGAGUCUCAUGUACGAGAAGGAUGCCCUCACAAAGGACGAUAUAAAGAAAUGAGGAGAAGUACAAGCUUUCACUACCAAGAAAAUUCCUCAAGACCAGAGCUUCGUAGAGUUUUGAGCCAUGGUUCAAAACUGUCGGACUCCAAGCAACAAAAGCAGGAUCAAAACAUAAGUAGACAAAAAGACACCAUCUUUCUAACCCCCGAUGCCUGGAUAGACUCCUUAAGCCAAGAAAAACACUCUGAUUCCUCCACCUUUCAUCCAGAGUCUUUGUUAACCGACAACCAUAGCUCUGCCAUCAGGAAUUUGUCCAAAUAUUCUGAAAAUGUUUGUUCUGAUAGCCAAAUUACCUACGAUAUACCACCUGCUAGACACCUUACCAGAAGCAAUCCAUUAAGACCUGUCAAAUACAGAACAGAUGCUUCUGUCUUUCCCUAUGCUACCAAAUGGCCAGGUGACUACCAGGGCACCAUAAGAAAUGAAAUAGGCAGCUUGGGGACUACUUCAGAAUCUUCCAGAGACUUAGAUCCUCACGACGGUAAUCAACACAAUAACCAAGAUCCACAGGAGGCAGAAGUCUAUGAGGGAGUGCCAGACAGUGGAAGCAGCUACAGUAGUUUUGCAAGCAGUGGCCGAGGGAGCAUGGAGUCUGCAAAUAGACGCUUGUCUUUGUGUCAUUUGUCCGCGAACAUCACCAGCGCACCUGAAACUGAACAGGAGGAUGGCCAGGCUAGCGCAGUUGAGAUGUACCAUCACCAGAUUGAAAACAUUCAGAGCAGAAAACCGUCUGUGGAUGAGAACUAUGAGUGGGAUGAAGCUGAUAUCACAUCACAACCAGGAGACGAUCAUGGCCUUCUCUCUUCACUGAACCGACAGAAUGCUGCGCCACUUCGUAAUCCUCACAAUAUGAAGUUUUCAACUAAAGCACUCACAAACCUCAGUCAAUGUUCUUUCCUUAAGGGACAUCAGAGCAGCUGCUCUGCAUUGCUCGAACCUGACACUGUACUUUUCUGAAACUGCCACCUCAUGUUUUAAUUGUUGUGGCCUAAAUUAUUUACAGCCACAAGUGAUAAAGAAGUUUGUGUUUAAUUUUCUUUUAAACAUUUUUUUGUUUGUGAGUGAUUACGACUUGUAUUGUUUUGUCAAAAAAUUUUACUAGUGAUGCAACCAAAAAUUGGUUGCUGAAAAAUUUCAGCUGAAACAUGACAAGUACCUUUUUGCUGUAUUUGUGCACGAAAAGUGCAAUAUAACACUGGCUUUCUGUAACACUUUGUUUCAUUUUUUUCUAUAAAAAUUUCUGGUCGCUAAUUUCAAAUCUGCCGUUUUUCUUCCCUGUAUGCUUUAGCGUUUUGUAUGUAUUCAUGGUAUUUUAUGGAAAUUCCUCAUCUAUUUUACUGAAUGCCAUUAUAAACCUUUCAGUCCUUUGCAGUUUUAUACGUUUUUCUGACACAAUGUCAACAUUAGCUUGUCAAAGCAGACUAAUUUUCACAUAUUUGAGCACUUUAGCAGUAGUGUAGAGUACACCACAUUGACACUGUUGCUUGUCUCCUAUGUCUGCAAUUAUCUAAAAUUGGUAUAACAUAUUUGAUUUUGCCACAUAUUGUUAUUUUUGGGCUAAUUUAAAGUGCCAGCUAUGUACAGUACGUAUAAACACAGUUUGAAAAAAAAAUGUAUGUUAUUAGAAACAUAAAAUAUUGUCACUGAUUUAAAAAUCUCAAAUAUUUAGUACAUAUUUUGAUCUACGGAGGGCGCCAUGUUUUAAACGCGCAAUGGAUACUCGGGGUGAUGACGUAGAUUGUCAGUGUCACUAGACGAAUACUACCGGGUCACUGCAAUUUUUUUCUCCGCGGAGAGAUGUCCAACACAUCAUUUAAAAGCGGCUAGUACUUACUAUUUGUGUUUUUAUUGAGUCUUUUAUUACCGUUUCAUUGCUUCAAAAUACUUUUUUGCAUGUGUUUCCCUCUCAUACUUUUAAGCAUUGUGUUGUGGUAGCUUUAAAGCAGAUUGUUGAUCUGUUGACCAUAUUAGUCAUGUAGCAUAUUCGCCUCUUGUAGCACAUUUUGCCGGUGUAGCACAUUUUGGCAGGUUUUUUUUCCCCCUACUCUCGUCUCACCUAGUCUUUCCUGUUCAUUUUGCUUUUGCUGCUUGUUUUGUGAAAUAUCGACAGUGCUGUCAUGCUUAUUAAUGUUCCUCUCGUGUUCACAUUGAAAGGGUUGAACAGACGACAUGUUUAUGUCGCUAGAUUUAUACUCUGGAAGACCGGCAGCGUAACCAUGUGACGACGUCGCAGGGCCGUGACGUCACAUGAUUACGCUGCUGGGCAACAACAAUGGCGACCUUCUAGUUUCGCUCAAAAAUUUUCAUGUUGGUGCAUCGCUACCUUUUACUGUUUUGGCUAGUAUAUCAAGUACUCGGGUAUACAGUAGUUACAUUAGUGGCAAGAUGCUUUUAAAAAUGAAAUCACAAUUUAAAGUCUUUAAAGACCAAAUGUGAAGUAAUUUCUUAAAAUGCCAAAUAGGUUCACAAUUAAAGUAAUUAAACAUUGUUCAAAAAAAUAAAGCAUGAAAAAAUAAUUUAUAUGUUGUAUAUUUGACAAAAUAAUCGCAUUUCCGAAGUUCGAGCCUGAAAGGGGACGAACCCGGAAGUGAUACGUCACACCGAGAACAGCGAUGGCAGCGCUCCAUAUGGCCGCCAUACAAAGCCCUUUAAACAAUGAUUCAAACAGCGAUAUAAACGAUAGAUCGAGCGCAAGUGAGAAGGAGGUUGGAAUUUUAUGUUGGACUUUUACAUGUAUUAGCCAGACACUAAUCAGAAUGCAAACAAUGUGCCCACACGACCUGACAUGGAAUGGGACAAGACCCAUCGAGAUUAUUGGUAAGAUAUAGGCUGUUAUUGUUUUUAUGAUUUGAAGAUGCAGGCAUUUGCACAUAAUUUUUUUUGUCUGAUUACAUUAUUUAAAAAAAUAAUAAUAAUCAGACUUCACGUCCAAGCAGUUAGCCUACUCAGUACUUGAGAACACUUCCACCUUCGGACCUUCUGACGAAAUAUGUCAGGGUAAUAAACCACCUACUAUAGCCUGGGAUAAAAGAAAAGUUUUGACGAAAAGUUUUGACGAAUCCCCGAUCAUGUUGUGGAAUGAACAGUAAAAGCUAGCGACGUUAGCUUUUAUUUACCUGACAUGUUUCAGCGAACACUUCCGCCUUCGGACCCUCUGACGAAUGCGGAAGUGUUCGCCGAAAAAUGUCAGGUAAAUAAACCACCUACUAUUGCCUGGGAUAAAAGAAAAGUUUUGACCAACUUAUAAGUGUAGGCAAAAUGAACUCAAUACAACUAUGAUCAGGGAUUGCCACGCGUUAGCUUACGCCUAACGUCGCUAGCUUCUACUUUUCAUUCCACAACAUUUGGCAGCUCUGCUUUGACAAAGUCAUCAGUCAUCUAUCCAUAAAUCACACUUUUUGGCAAAUCCUUGCUUAUAAGUAGACUGGUUGAGGAAGCAGGCAUCUUCGAAGUGUUUGCAGCAGAGAACACUACUCGAUGAUGGCGUGAAAUUAAUUCGCUUCUUGCGAACGAAAGAUGUCCAUUUACGUGCCCUGCUAUCUUUUGGCCACUCAUACAAGUUUUCUUUAGAUUGAGAACAAUACAUCGCCACACACCGUCGUGGCAUCUUACCGAGAAGCAAUGCAACAAUACUGUUCUAUGGCGGACUUCCCUCGCAUUCUCUGUGUGACGUAAUUUCCGAAGAUUGUCGAAGAAAAGCAUUUUCGUUGUCAAGGGCGUUGCUAUGGGUUAAACAAAGAAUCUGGAAGUGUUGCGUUAAAAAAAAAGUUACGAAAAUAUGCUUAUAAUUGUUUAGCCAUUGAUAUUAUUCAAAAACAAGGUUGGCCAACCUUACUUCACAUUUGGUCUUUAAAGCUGGACUUUCGUUCUCCAUAGUUUUAGUGAUGCAAGUCCUUCUCACCAAAUUGCAAAAUCUCGAUACAGAUUAAAAGAAAUACAUUUCAGAAAAAAACCAUGGAAUUUUAUAUACUUAUAUAAGAUUUAGACCUUUUCCAGAUGUGGUUGAAAUAUAUUAGCAAUCAGUCGUGAACGGAGAGAUUAGAAAUGCUGUGUCAAUAUAAUGACAAACAGCCAGUGCAGGGUUGCCAGUUUAUUCAACCUUAAUAACUAAUCAAGACCAACAAAACAGAUUGUCAUCAUUCAUUAUUGUUUCCGUCCAUGCUGCUGCUACCCAAUGGACUGUUACUGUAAAAAAAACACACUGAUAUUGGAUAUGGGUUGUUGGGACCAAACUAACCUUCAAAGGCACACAUUAGUAUUUUUAAAACCUUGUCUCGCACACCGAGGAGGAAUUCAAAUGUUUUAAGUAACCCUGCACGUCCUCUUACAUACUUUGAUGGUAAAUUAUAAUUUGUGUAUAUUUAAGUAUAUUGUUUUGCACUUGAUAUAGGUUAUAAAUAUGCUCAUAAACAAUUCCUCUUGGUGGUGAGUAGUAUGAUUUUAAUAUUAGGAAGAACAUUUCCAGUUACGCCAGUACAACAUAGCUACAAUUUUUAGUAUGUGUAUUACAAGUAUACCUUUGACAUUCGUGUCUACUUUAGACAUGGGAAGUGAGCAGGCUAUCUGUGCCGAAUCCAUAAAGAUGAUCGACUUAAGUGUAAAGAUGCUGGGCGUUAACACAUUACAGUGUAGUAGUUUCGACCCCUGUUAUUAUAUUCAUGUAUUUAUUUUUGUUUAUUUCAUCCGUCUUCUUCUGAUCCGGUGAAUCUUUGCAACCCAAAUGUUUUAAGUAUCUCUUUAUUCAACAAGUCUAUUUUGCCUUUCAAAUUUAUGUAUUCAUGCCCUGCGCCGUACAUGAAAACAAGUUGUGUCACAGAUCGUAUAUAGUCAAUCACCAUUAUAUUUAACAUUGCUGGAAAAUCCAUAUUUGCUUAAAAUCCCGUUGAAAUUGUAUGGCGAUGUGCACAUUUGAACACAUAAAUAUUCAUGCUUUUGUUUGAGUUGCUUCGGGAAUAAAAAUAUCUAUCGGUGGGAGGAAACCGGAACGGAAACGUGGAAAAAGUGAGUAAAAUUUACAGAGGAUAUGGCACAUUCUGUGAAACGAGCCUAUUUAACUGGUAAAUCAGUGCAAAGGGAAGAUGACAGCCUCUUUAAGACCAUGCUGACAGCAUACUAAAAGCCCAUCAAUCCAGGACUUCUAACACCAGGUGAUUGGCUCAAAACCCAAACAUCAUUUAUGAUAUGGAACUACUGAUACACAGAUUAUGAACUGAAAAUGAUUAAAAAUGAGAAAAAUGGCUGAAAUGGACAUAGUUUGCAUAAGUUUCACUUUCUGACAAUUUAUUACAUUUGUUAUUGUUCAUUCUUUCUUUGACUUUCUUUUAUUUCUAAAUGUUGUGAAAAAUUCAGAAGAAUAAAGAUAGGAAAAAAUCCAUAAAGUUGCAUUCAAUGUUGUUCCUAAGAGCUGUUCUAUGUUUAUCACUCUAAGACCAGUUAUGCAAGUACUGAAUAUUCAUUGGUUGUAAAGGAUUAAGUCCUACAACUGGGUUUGUUAUUUUUUAUGGACAAUAUGAUAAAAAUUUUAAGGGUUAUGUUCCGUCAUGAAAAAAUGCUGAAUAUUUAAAUAUUGCUGACAAAAAUAUUUGUUUUACAGAAAUGUUCAAGUGUUCCCGUCAACAUUAUUUUCCUUUGUUCCAAAAAAAAAUUGAGUAUUUUUUGGGACCAAUAUGACUAAUCAUUUGAUGAUUUGUUAAUUUUAGAAAGUCACAAAAGUGUGUGAUAUAAUAAAUAAUUGUUAGAUACAUAUAUUAAUAGAUCACUAAAGGUAAUUUGAGCAAAUUUCCAAGAGUACAUUAAUCUGUUACGCAAGAAAUUAAGUGUUUCUAAAAUGUCAGAUAACCUUGGUAUAUUCAAUUCACAGUACCAACAACUUAACAAAGUAACAAUUGUGU